AUGGCGUCGAUUACUGCACCAACUCCAGAUACUCUAGUUACCCUCAAGAUUAAUAUUGAGGGUAGCAAUAGAAGAUUCAAGCUCCCACUUCGUGAUCUGGGUGCUAGUACUCUCCCCGAUAAGCUUCGUUAUCUUCUUGCCAUUCCUCCAACUUCCGAGGCUAUUUUCGAGAGAUACUCCGAUAGCGCUGCUGCUUUCAUCGUCCUCGAUUCAUCCAAUCCUUCAGUUUACAAACAAUUGUAUCGUGCUGCUAAGGCUAAGCUUAAGCUUAGACUGAAGGUUACCAUCAAGGAUAAAGUACCUGUCAUGCCAAAGCCAGCAACCGUCGAGGACGAAGUGCCAACUCCUGCUAAGAUUGUUGAAGCAAAAGAUGUGCAAACCUCCGAAUCAGCAAUGCCUGCAUCAGGAUACUCUGAAUCUUCCAAGGCCAGGGAAGUUGUCGAGAAAGAGGAGACGGAAAGAAGAAGACAAGCCUUGCACGAUAGCCUUGCAGCCAUACAAAAGACCACUGAUGAGGCCGCUUUUAGCGCCUACAAGGCACUCGCCACGAGUAUUUAUGGUCCAUUAUCCACUGACAGAGUCUCUCGGGAAGAAAGAGAUAACCAAGUUGACGAUUCCAAGGCUUCUCCUCCCAGGUUUGUAGCACGUCCCAAGUCACCACCUGUUGUUAGCGGCAAUUUCGCCGUUUACUGUAACGGGUGUAAUGAAGCUAUUCCAGAUAUUCACUACCAUUGCAGCACCUGUGAUGAUGGCGAUUUCGACUUGUGCCCAAAUUGCAAUGAUAAUGGAGUCACUUGCAACGGUGAUCACUGGUUGAUCAAACGCAUUGUUGAUAAAGGCAAAUACAUUCACAGCACAACCGAGAAACUUGCCCCUAAACAAUUUUCGGCUUACAGACCUGUCGUAUCCAAGUUACCCCAAUAUUCCGCCUCUCAAACGACCCUGGUCGCACCUGCAGUCGAAGAGAAAGUACCUGUUCCUACUCGCACUUGCAACAGCUGCAUCGUGGAAUUGUCCGAGAACAGAUUCGUCACUUGCACCGAUUGUGAUGAUUUCGACUUGUGCAUCCAAUGCCAUCUAUCCUUAAAGCAUGGUCACAACCCUAAGCACGCCUUCGCCUUCGUGGAUGAUGAUGCCAACCACAGCUCUGUCGCUCGUGCUCUUCUCGCCCCCGGCAGAAACGCUGCUCACGCCGCCGUUUGUGAUGGAUGUGACAGGUAUAUCUUUGGCGUUCGUCACAAGUGCCUCGAUUGCCCAGAUUGGGAUUACUGCGAUUCAUGUAUUGCAAAUGCUAGCUUCAUUCACCCACGUCACAGGUUUGUACCUCUCUACGAAGCUAUGAGCGGCGCUGGUGCUCGACAACAAGUUGCUAAGGCUCGUCAUCAUGGAAUCUUCUGUGAUGGACCUCUCUGCAAUCGCAAUGGUAGCUCCGCGAACGCUUAUAUCACUGGAGAUCGUUACAAGUGUGCUGUCUGCCACGAUACCGAUUUUUGUGCUUGCUGCGAAGCCAGUCCAUCCAAUCCACACAACAAGACUCAUCCUCUUAUCAAAUUCAAGACACCUGUUCGCAACGUUAGCGUUACUACCCUUGGUGAUCAUCCAAGUGGUAAACCUAUGGCACCAAUGGGUGAUCGUCGCCCUGAAGAUCAAACCAUUUCCAAGGCGACCGAGACCACACCAGCUCAAUCCGCCAAUGCUGCCACACAAGUUCAAACAGUGGCUGAGGUCAAGCCUACCGAAGUUAAGACUGAGGAGCCAAUCAAGGCUGAGGAGUCUAUCAAGACCGAGGAGCCUAUCAAGGUUGAGGAGGCUGUUGUGGUCGAGGAGCCUGCUAAGGAACUUCCAGCACCGGUUGAGGAGGAAUUGAUUGCACACUUUGUUCGUGAUGCAGUUGCUGAUGGUACCAUCAUGACACCAAACUCAGUCUUUGAACAAACCUGGUAUCUCCGAAAUGGUGGUAAGACAUCUUGGCCUGCAGGAUGCAGCGUUAGAUUUGUUGGCGGUGAUAACAUGUGUGCCGUUGAUCCUGAACACCCAGCUAGUGUGCAUGAACUUGUCAGCGCUGCUGAGAGCACAACUUGUUAUACUGAAGUUGCUCCAGGUCAAGAAUACGGUUUCACUGUCUUGAUGAGAACUCCUAACCGUGCUGGUAACUUCAUCUCAUACUGGCGUCUUACUACUCCUACUGGAGAUAAAUUUGGUCACAGACUUUGGUGUGACAUUACUGUCAAUGAGCCAACUCCAGUCGUCAAGGAAGAGCCAGAGGAAGAAAAAAGAGAAGUUCGUUCACUUGGUCCCGUCUUUGAUUUGAUUCAGCGUAUUGUGGAUGAGAGGGCCGCUGAGGCCGUCGAGGUUGAAGCCGCCAAGAAUGAAAUUGCCCAGGUUGAAGCUGCCCAGGUUGAAGCUGUCAAGGUUGAAGCUACUGAAUUCGAAGCCGAGUGUAACGAUGACGCUACCUCGACCAAGGCUGAGGGUAGUCAAAUGAUCUUCCCUAAGCUCGAUAAGGAAUCUCCAAUCUCAAGCGUUCACGAGGAGGCUAAACAAGCAGCCGAAGAUGUUCCAGCUUCUGAGGAAAUCUUCAAUGAUGACUUUGAGGAGUUUAAUCAAAACUUUGAAGAUGAUGAGGCCGAUGAUGGAUUCAUGACUGAUGAGGAGUAUGAUAUUCUCGAUGCUAGUGAUGAGGAAUAUCUUGCCGAGCAGGAGUCGGUAUCUAAGAAAUAA